UUUAGUCUGAGUAGCCUUCAGAUGGACCACGGCACCUUUUAUAUUGAGAUUAAAUGUCGACGACGUUUUCAGAUUUAAGCGGAAGCCAACAAUAAGACCAUGACCUCCGAGCCCAUGCAGUUGUUGCCAAAGCUUUGGAAUCAACGUAAUCUGUGCCGUACUCUAACACCCUGUUCCAUUGAUCCAUGGAUGAAGGAAAAAGUUUUGUUCCUUCCUCCGACCAUUGAUCACCGCGGAGAGAGUGGCCAUGGCAAACUGCAGUUGUCAUGCAAUACGAUGUCCUCGGACGACGACGAAUCGUCCUGGGUAUUUGAGUCCCUGGUCGGCUACCUGCGGGGUCCCGCGUGGAACAUUCCGAUUAUAACUUUCAUCGAACAGAAAUCGAUCGUCUUCGAACCAGGAUGCGACAACGAGGAGUACCGCAAGAUACACAACGAAUACAAGAACCUGGUUGACUUUAUGCUGGGAAGUCAUAUGGAAGACAUGGGAAUAACGCCUGAACAGUUCGAAAAAGUUUGUGGUAAACCGAACAGGGGCAUAGCUGCCAAAUUUCAUCAGGGUCUCUUCGAGCAAGUCUGGGCAGCAGAUGAUUAUGAAAUCUUCAAGCGUAUGAUGACUCAAAAGAACAUUGAUCUUCAACUUCAGGCACUGGAGAUCAUGGCUCAACGUUACGGUCUCGUGCCAGACUCAUUCCAGGGUGAACCACAGGGUGUGACAGAAGAUGCUGAGAAGGCGGAUGAGAAGAACAGCAAAGAUGACGAAGAAGUUCUCAUGGCUCAUGUCAUGAAGAAGUCAUUGGAAGAAGAGGCAACAGUGAAAGAACAAGAGACCAUGGAAGAAAAGCUCAUUCAGGAUGCUAUUCAGGCCACUCUUUUGGAGAAACAACGGCUUGAAGCAGAAAAAACAAAAGAGAAAGAACUCUUGGACAAGGCUCUCAAAUUGUCCCUUGUAGAGUCACCACAACCUCCCACCGAGAGUGAGGAAACUGUGCCCAAGGAAAAACCGAGCACUGAAGCAGGGAGUGAACAGCAGAAUGCUGCCGUGGAGGAUGAUGAACUGGCAUGGCGGCACCGAGCAAGUGCUGAGGAAGUUAACCAGCGCAGAGAAUACCUUCGCAACCAGCGGGACAAGCUGGUGGCACUGAAACGUGCAGAGCGUGAGAAACAGCUCAACAGCACGCUCGAGCGAGACGAGCCACAACGCCCACGCUCUGCCAGGGCUGCCAGGGCUGCUCUUGGGGGCACCGUGACGCUCGAGGCGCCCAACAUGGCCGAUCAGGGGAACCUUGCCUUCCGCAAGUCACUGGCAGCUCGGCUUAAAGCCGAAGUCAUAGAUUCAUAGAGUCCUUGUCCUGCCUUUGCCCGUGGCGACUACAAAUCUGUGAAAAAGCAUGCCGACUAUGAAGCUUCCAACGCUACUAGCACAAGCAAGCAGCCCAGCUUAAAGGACCGCAGCGAACAAUGGUGUUGCUUAUUGUUAAACUCAUAUCCUGAGCAAGAAGCCUAAUAAACAUGUAUGUUGUCAUUGUUCCAACAAA